CGCCGCUCGACUCCUCAAGACCACAGCUAGCUCCGCUGUCCUUCUUCUCCUCCUCAAGAAAACCUCCAAAACCCUAGCAUCCGCCGCCCACGCUGCAGGCCUGCAGCACCGGCGCAUCCUCUUGCCCCUCUCCACCACCUGCUCCGUUUCCGGCGACCCGAGGAGCUGCGGCGAUGAACGUCAAGGGUGCAGCCCGGGUGCCGGUUCCGCCGGCGGGCGCGGGCGCACUGGCCAAGGUGCUGCUGCUGGGCGGCGCCGCCGUCUACGCCGCCACGAACAGCUUCUACAACGUCGAGGGUGGCCACCGCGCAAUCGUCUUCAACCGCAUCCAGGGCAUCAAGGACAGGGUAUACCCUGAAGGCACACACUUCAUGAUUCCAUGGUUUGAAAGGCCAACCAUUUAUGAUGUCCGUGCUCGACCCAAUCUUGUCGAGAGUACUUCGGGAAGCAAGGAUCUCCAGAUGGUGAAAAUUGGCCUGCGUGUUCUUACAAGGCCCAUGCCAGAGAAGCUACCAACUAUCUACAGGACUCUGGGAGAGAACUACAAUGAGAGGGUUUUACCUUCAAUCAUCCAUGAAACGCUGAAAGCUGUAGUUGCUCAAUACAAUGCUAGUCAGCUAAUCACACAGAGAGAGACUGUGAGUAGGGAGAUUAGGAAGAUACUGACAGAGAGAGCAAGGAACUUUAACAUUGCCCUCGAUGAUGUGUCCAUUACAAGCCUGAGCUUUGGAAAGGAGUUUACUCAUGCCAUUGAAGCCAAGCAGGUCGCUGCUCAAGAGGCUGAGCGUGCCAAGUUCAUUGUUGAGAAAGCAGAGCAGGAUAAGAGAAGUGCAAUUAUCAGGGCACAGGGUGAGGCUAAAAGUGCAGAGCUGAUUGGUCAAGCCAUUGCAAACAACCCUGCUUUCGUUGCUCUCAGGCAUAUUGAAGCUGCCAGGGAGAUCUCUCACACAAUCGCCUCCUCGGCCAACAAGGUGUUCCUCGACUCCAACGAUUUGCUGCUCAACCUCCAGCAGCUAAACAUGUUGGGAAACAAGCAGAAGAAAUGAUGUCGCUCUUUCGCUGAGUUCUGAGUUAGCGGAUCUGAAGGUAAAAAGCAUUGCGAACAAAAGUUGUUCCUUGAUGUAUUGUUUCUUUCAGAUACAAAACUAUGUGCGCGAGUGAAACAUGCAAACAGCAGGCAAACGUUGUGGGAAUUGAGAGUGGACUGGCAGCUUUUAUUUGACUGUGUAUUGACCAAGUUCAAUAAGGAAUACAUUGUGUUUUGAAGAUCCUGGUGUUUUAUCAUUGUUAGGUUGCUGUAGCUUUAGAAAUGCGCUUGCUACAUUGCCAACAGGACAUGUUAUUGAUAUGCUGGACCGAGAUUUCACUUGCAAAAA